CAAUCAUGAGUUUUGGUAUUUUUAGUAAAGCAUAGAUACCAGUUAUUGAGAUUUUAUUAUAGGGCAAUUUUCUGGUAAAAGUAAUUCUCUCCCUCUCAUGGGCCUCUUUCUAUUUUCCUGGCACCUGCCCUCCCUCACUCCCACAGAGACACAUGUAUAUAAAAUGUAGAAGCUAAACUUGUCAUUCUUGUCAAUCUGUAAGUUAAGAACAGUGAUUAGUGCCUAUAAUCCCAGCACCCACAUGAUUAUAGGCCUAGGAAGGAAUGCUAGUUAGCUCUAUGCUAGUCUUGGUUACAUAGCAAGACACCACCAUCCUCCUUUUAAAUUGAGGAUAAUGGGUCAAAAGACACUUUAUCAAAUAGUCCUGAUGCUAGUACAAGAGUUAAAUCUAUGCAGGGUUCAUCUUAAUCACUGAGAUUAUAAACUAUAUAAUGUUUUGGCCAUUAUGCUGCCCAGUAGCUUUUAAGUAGUUCUUUGGCUCCUAAGUGAACUGAAAUAUACGAGCAAUGAUGAUACACCUGGUUAUCCCGGAACUUGGAAGAUGCAGGCAGGAGGACAGAUGUUCAAGGUCACCCGUGGUUACACAGUGAGUUGGAAGCGAGCCUAGGGUACAUUAAGACCCAGCUGAAGAAAAACGAACAAACAAACAAACAAAAAUCGUGGUUUGCAACCACGAUCAGAAAAAUAUAAAAGGAUCAGUUUGAGAAGUGACGCUGUUUUCUUUGCGACAACGCUUUCGCAAGCAGUUCCAAAGCUGAUGAUGAACGGCGCACAUAGUUUUCAAGCUAUCCUCUGGAGUCAUAUCAGAGAGCGAACAGGGGAAACAAGCCCAAUGCCCUGAAACCUAAAUCCCUUCCAAAGGACACAGCCUCAGAAUCGCGCCGCUUAGAAACCCAAGCACCGCCGCGGACUAAUCACCUGAGGGCACCUUCCAGGGACUUAAAGCAAUCACGGUGCUUAGGAACCUCAGCCUUCGUCAGUUCCCUAUCCGGAGUCCCCGCCCUCUGCUAGUCACAAGCGUGCGUCAGUGGAGAGCAAUCGUCAUAGGAAGGGAAACUUGUCCAUCACGCGAGAUUUUGCGGCGGGAUUUCGAAGUUGGAGACCGGCCGCGGCGCGUGCGCAGUAUCCUCACAACCUCAGGGUGGCACGCGGGGAGGUAGGCUGAGAUACCUGAGCCGGGGAACCCAGCGUGCUGGUGCUUCUUUUUCUUCUUGCCGCUACUCUCUCAGUGUGUGGGUCUGAGGGUCCCAGGAGGCGCAGAGUAGCGGGGCUCAACUCCGCCAUUGCGUGUGCCCGGUCUAUAAGAAAGCCCUCUCGUUCCCACACUUAGUUGGAGCGGUGCGGCCAGCGUGGCGACAGGGACCGUUGUUCCCCGUUCCCCUGUGAGCACAGCCCCUAGGCACACACUCCCGUCCCCCGAGACUCAGCCUCGAUCGUCCCUCACAUAGGUCCGCCCCUCCCCGCCGCCGCCUCCAUUGCUCGCGGCCAGUUUGACGGCUCGGUCCCUGGGGGGCGUCCCAACUCUGAAGCAGAGAAGAUGGCUGGAGGACGUCUGCUCCUGGGGGGUGACUUCCUGUCGCCGCCGCCGCUGCCCCCCCUCCCGCCGCCGCCGCUGCCGCCCCUCCCGCCACCCCCGCCUGAGCCAGUGCUGGAGCAGUGGCGCUAUAGCCACGAAAGUGACUGGCAGUGGGCUCUGCGGCGGAGCUUCAUCUGUCGGCACCUGCACAGCUAUCCCGGGGCUGCCCUGGACCAGCUCCUCGCGCUCUCCGCCGCCUGGACCAACCACGUUUUCCUGGGCUGCAGAUAUAGCCCACGCUUGAUGGAAAAAAUUCUUCAGAUGGCUGAAGGUAUUGAUAUUGGGGAGAUGCCAUCAUACGGUCUGAUGCUGCCCAAACCUUCCAAAGGCCAAAAACGCUACCUUUCAGCCUACGAUGGUCAAAAUCCUCCUAAAAAGCAAGCUGGUUCCAAAUUCCAUGUGAGACCUCGUUUUGAGCCUGUACAUUUUGUAGCUAGUAGUUCAAAAGCUGAAAGACAGGAAGAUCCUUAUGGCCCUCAAACAAAAGAGGUAAAUGGACGAACACAUUUUGUCAGCAUGCCAAGAAACUUCUACCAAGAUUAUACUCAAGACUCUUUCAAUAUACAAGAUGGGAAUUCUCAGUAUUGUAAUUCAUCAGGAUUUAUUUUCACAAAAGAGCAGCCUGUAACAACCAACAUGUAUUUUGACAGUGGGAACCCUGCCCCAAGCAGCACACCCCAACAGGCAAACUGUCAGCCUCCUCCAGAGCCUUCUCCUUCACAGAUGUAUCCUGAGUCGGUGGUUGCUGAAAAACAGUAUUUUAUUGAAAAGUUAACAGCAACUAUCUGGAAGAACCUUUCUAAUCCAGAGAUGACUUCUGGAUCUGAUAAAAUUAAUUAUACCUACAUGCUAACUCGUUGUAUUCAGGCGUGUAAGACAAAUCCUGAGUAUAUAUAUGCUCCUUUAAAAGAAAUUCCUCCUGCUGAUAUCCCCAAAAGUAAAAAACUUCUCACAGAUGGUUAUGCUUGUGAAGUUAGAUGCCAAAAUAUCUAUCUAACUACAGGUUAUGCAGGGAGCAAGAACGGGUCCAGGGAUCGAGCUACUGAGCUAGCUGUAAAACUAUUACAGAAGCGGAUUGAGGUUAGAGUUGUCCGGCGGAAAUUCAAGCACAUAAUUGGAGAGGACCUUGUAGUAUGUCAGAUUGGCAUGCUUUCAUAUGAAUUACCCCCAGCUCUGAAGCCACCAGAAGACAUGGUAGUACUGGGAAAGGAUGCUUCAGGGCAGCCUAUUUUUAAUAGUUCUGCCAAACACUGGACCAAUUUUGUCAUUACAGAAAAUGCAAACGAUUCAAUUGGCAUCCUUAACAAUUCUGCCUCGUUCAACAAAAUGUCAAUUGAGUACAAGUAUGAGAUGAUGCCAAACCGUACAUGGCGGUGUCGAGUAUUCCUACAAGAUCACUGCUUAGCUGAAGGUUUUGGAACCAAGAAAACAAGCAAGCAUGCAGCUGCUGACGAGGCUUUGAAGAUUCUGCAAAAAACACAACCCACUUACCCAUCCGUCAAAAGUUCCCAGGGCAACUCAGGCUCUUCACCUAGAGGAUCUGGAAAGAAGAAAGAUAUAAAAGAUCUUGUGGUUUAUGAGAAUUCUUCCAAUCCUGUGUGCACAUUGAAUGAUACAGCUCAGUUUAACCGAAUGACAGUUGAAUAUGUCUAUGAAAGGAUGACAGGACUCCGCUGGAAAUGCAAGGUGAUUCUAGAAAGUGAAGUCAUUGCAGAAGCAGUUGGGGUGAAGAAAAGUGUGAAAUAUGAAGCUGCUGGAGAAGCUGUGAAAACCCUCAAAAAGACCCAGCCAACGGUCAUCAACAACUUGAAGAAAGGGACUGUUGAAGAUGUGAUUUCAAGAAAUGAAAUUCAGGGUCGCUCAGCAGAAGAAGCCUACAAACAGCAAAUCAAAGAAGAUAACAUAGGAAAUCAACUGCUGAGAAAGAUGGGUUGGACAGGUGGUGGUUUAGGGAAAUCUGGUGAGGGCAUACGGGAGCCUAUCUCCGUCAAAGAGCAGCAUAAACGAGAAGGACUUGGACUAGAUGUAGAGAGGGUCAAUAAAAUUGCUAAGAGAGAUAUAGAACAGAUCAUCAGAAACUAUGCCCGCUCUGAGAGCCACUCAGAUUUGACCUUCUCCACAGAGCUGACCAAUGAUGAACGGAAGCAAAUACAUCAGAUUGCUCAGAAGUAUGGCCUGAAGAGUAAGUCUCAUGGGGUGGGCCAUGAUAGGUACCUAGUGGUGGGUAGAAAACGGCGGAAGGAAGACCUACUAGAUCAGCUCAAACAGGAAGGCCAAGUGGGACAUUAUGAGCUUGUCAUGCCCCAAGCAAAUUAAGAUUUUACUGAAUUAUCUUGUAAAUGGCACAUGAGGCAUAUCUACAAAUAAAAAAGCUACAUAUUCCGGUUGAAGAGUAUUCAUUCUUAAGAUGUUUCACCUUGUUCAUUUCAUAUAGUGCUUUAUUAGGUAUUGGAACCUGGAGAAUUCUGUCCACUUGUAUGAGCUUAACCCAGCAUAUGGAUUAUGCAGUUACUGUUUGUGUCUUUCAUAUUGCUCUGUCCCUCAGAUUUUAGUAGUUUGUACAAGCAAAAACACCCAUCUAAGUGCAAUUUCAUCCUGAGGAAAAUAAUUCACAUUAUAAAGGCAUAGCACAGCAAUCUGCAACAAUAUAUAAAGUCAAUGCUGACUCUUAAUUAAAUUACAGCUAAUUCCAGAUUUACUUAAAAUGUCAGGUCAUUUUGUAUUACCAAUUUUCAUCUUUGUGUGAAGCCAGUUAUAGAACAUUUAACAAUAAAUUGUGCUGUACAUAUAAAUGUCCUUACCAACUAAAUGAUGUAAAGCUUUCUUAAAAGUAAUUUUAAUGUAUGUUUAUUUAUAGCUUCUACCCUGUGAUUUCCAGGAUAUUAGAAGUGGUUUACUGUAUCUUGUGAUAUAUGACUUUUAACAAAUCCUAGUCUUCAUGCUGAGAGAGCACUACUUGAGAGAGAUGUCCAAAAGUUUCCAAAAAGCCUUGAUCCAAUCAGAAGAAAGGAAGCUUGAACUGUUUGUUCUUGGUGCCUUGCAGAGAGACUCAGAGCAACUCUCCAUUGUAGCUUUCACACAGUCCGUACACCACAUCCAAGGCAACCACAGCUGUGGUAGAGCCUGGUAAAAGACUGAAGAUACAUUGGUGCUUUGAUGAAAAGGUCAGUUGGCUGGUCCCUCUCUCAAAAAGCUUAGUACUCCCCAAAGCCAACUUUGUAACAUACUUAAAACUGCUAUUUUCACAUAUUUCUGGAAUGUAAAAAUGUAUAAAAAUAAAAGAGUUAGUGUAUGCUUCCUGAAUAAAAAGGAGCCGAAGUUGAUGAAAAUGGUGGUGUGCUUCUUUCUGGAGAGCAGCCUAGUAGCAACACUUUGGGUCUUUGGACAAAGGAAGUAAUGGUUGCACAAAAUAUUUCAGUCAGAGCACACGGAUAAAUGUAAUGAUUUAGCAACUGUCACUCAUUACAUUUUUGUUUGUUUGUGGGGUUUUUCUUAUGUGCCAGCAUUCUGGCUUAUCAAAACUUUGGUUGUUUACUUUUAUGUGGUUUUAUUGUAUCAGAUGAAUUAAGUAAAACCUAGCAAUAGGACAGAUGAAUAUUAAUAUUGAUAGUUAAACAACUCCAGAGAAAUGGUCGUAAGGACUCAUAGGUUGUUUGCCGUGUCCUUUAAAAAAGAUUUAUUUUUUAUAAUGUGUCUGUGGGAGGCAUUAUACGCAUGUGAGUGCAUAUGCCUAUGGAGGCCAGAGGUGUCAGAUGGAGCUGGCAAUACAGGCACUUUUGAGCCUCCUGACAUGGGUGCUAGAGACUGAAUUCUGGUUCUCUGGAAGAGCAGUAUGUGCUCUUAACUGCUAAGCCAUGUCUCUUCAGUCUCCAUUUGCAGAGUCCAUGUUUGGCUUGUAACUGGCCCACAAUACAUAGUAAAUUCCUUUUUGCCUCCCUACUCCUUUUUCUAUUUUAUGCUAAGAAGGGAAAAUGUGUAUAUAAGAAUACAGAUUAGCUUUUAUACAUGGACCUCCUGACUUACAUGCACCUGUAUUGGCUAGCACAGUACAGCAUGAGCUUUCCACUCUUUUUCCAUACCAUAGUGUAUAUACUUUAUUCGUUUUGGUUGAAGAGAUGUACAUUUUAUUUUGGUGUGUAAUACUCUAGCAAAACCAGAGAACUAGGGUAGAACCUUCAUAGAUUUUAUGAUUAUAACUAUUUUUUUACCUGCAAAAUUCACUCUCAUCUGGAAAAGUUGUGGUACGGGUAGUUAGAACACUGUCUUUGAUUUUCUGGGUGACAAGAGAUGGUUUUUAGAGAUUACAAGAUGUGAAUACUUGGUUUGCUUCUCUCUUUACAUGUCUUCCAAGAUGAUUUUUGUUGUUUGUUUUUUGUUUUGGAGGAAAAUGGUAGAAAAUCAGAAAUCAGAUUUGUUUAUAAAAGCUCAAUGGAACACAUUCGUUACAGUUAAGGCUCUGUGAUAAUUGGGUAAAGAAUAUAGGAAUUGGGUUCCUGAUUUUGGUGAGCCAGAUCGCUCAGUAGAGCAGCUUCCGUAUUAUUGUGGAAAUAAGGCAGAGUCACUAACUGCCUGAGAAUCAUAUGGAGAAAUCAGGUUGACAGGAAUGAGCUGCUGACAACCUUGCUGUUCAUUUUCCAGUUUCCCUUUAUUUGACCUUGCAUUUUCGUUUCUUAGAAAUAGAAGUCAGUUUUAGCCCAGAACUUUGCUAUAAAACCAGACAGAAUAUGAGUGCUUCCAAGUUUUAUUUGUAUUGAAUAUGAUAAGCUGAAAACUAUAUGCGUGUGUGUCUGUGAUCAUAGAGCCACUUUUUAACACACACCUCCCGCCCUUGAUUGCAAAAGUCAAUGGAAAUAUCUAUCAUACAUUCCAUUGGGGUGCUUUUUUUCUUUUCUUCUUUUCUAGUAGUAUUCAAUGUGUUUACUUUGCCAUGAGUAAUCCUUGAAGUGGGUCCUAAAUAAAGGACUCUAAUUACAACUUUGGUUCUUCAGCAUACCCCCUUCCUCACAUAAGCAGGUGCAGAAUUGAAAAUUUGGAUCUCAAAAGGCACCUUGUAAAUCUGCUUUAACAUUCCUGUAAUUACUUGCAGACAAGGCAAGCUGUGUUAAAAAUUGUAAAGAAGAAAAAAGGGUAAUUUGUAUGAAAUGUUCCAGUGAGUGUCUAGGUAGCUUUGGCUAUGUCUAUGUCGGCUUCAAUUGUUAAGGUUGUAAAAGGAUUAUCCCAUGAGAAAUUGGAGAUGGUGUUUCUCAGGAGGUGUACAAAAUAAAAUGUUACUAAAUCG